AUGAUGCGGACCCGAACUAGAAAAGACGAGGUGGAAGAGGUGGCAAUGUUUUCUCUGUGCUACCUGGUGUCUUUUUUGAUCCCUGAAUGUGGCAUAUUACCUGAAGUGCUGAAAAGUACCGUUGCGGAUAUUGGAGAGUACUACCUGGUGAGGAAUUUGUCAGUUCAUGAAUUCGUCGCUCACGAAUUUAUUGAUGCUUUUGUCAAGAAAGGUUCAUGCUACGCACUUACCUAUAACACAAAAAUUGAUCAAGAUAAUACUGCAGCUCUGCUACCAAGUGGAAAACUAAUUCUGUCAGUGGAUAAGGAUACUUAUGAGGAACUUGGACUGCAAGGGUGUCCUUCUCAGUAUUCUGGCAAAAAAGUAAUGAGAUAUAUUAUAACUAUUGACUUGACUGAUUCCGGCUUUCACCCUGACAGCAAGAAACAUAACAGAGUGCUUUGGGCCUUGAAAGAAAAGAAACCUUUAGAAUUUGACUUCCUACUGGCUUGGUAUAAUACAGGUGCAGAGGGAUCAACAUUGAUGUCAUACUUUUCAAAAAACCAAAUACGGGCCCUGAAGCCAAAAAUAACAUUCAGCACCUUAAGGGACUUGCAGUGCCCUGUGAUACAAAGUAACGAACUGCAAGGAAAGACUGAUGAGUCCUGCAGUACAGAGGAACUGUUCGAAUGGCUAGGUGCUGUCUUGAAUCAAGUUAGCUUAGACAACAAAUCAUCUAGCUUCUUAUCAACCUAUUGCUGUCCUCAGCCCAACACAAUGGUGGAAAAAGCUUUUUUGUGUACAAUCACAGGCUUUAUAAUUCCUGAGAAGAUAAUUCAGUUAUUGGAGCAGCUAUGUUGCUAUUUUGGUGAACCAAAACUGGCGUAUUGGCUGACCUUAACUGUGCAUGGUUUUGCAGACAGCCCUGUUUCCUGGAGAGAAAAUGAACAUGGUUUCCACAAGGGAGGAGAGAACUUGUACAACUUUGUCAUUUUUAGAAAUCUGGACUACUGGCUUCAGAUGGCUGUAGGAACUAAUGAUGAUUGCCCUCCAUAAAGCUAUGUCUACAGAAUAAGCUUUCUAAUAUUCCCACAUUACUGUAUAGAAACUGUAAGAUAGUUUUUAUAAAAGUAAUUAGGUAACAAGUUAAGUA